AUGGCCGCGAAAUCGCCAAAGCGAGUGUGCAGCCAGAGUCACCUGGAGGAGCACGAUGGCCUCCGGAAGAUGGUGUCCUUUUCCACGCGCCACUUCGAUCCCAGCGGUCUCCCGGCCGACAUGCACCGGGUGUACACAUCUCUCAAGGAGAGGUUCGAUGAGGAGUAUGCGCUCUUGUUUGUCUUCAACAUGCAGACUGCCAUGGAGAUGCAUCGCGCAUGGAACAUGACCCUGUUGACGACCAAGACCCUGAAGAAGUGUUCGGAAAUGGUUGGGCUCACAAUGACCUGGGAGCUCGGCGUUAUCAAGUUGAAGUUCUUCAUGGAGGACGGCGAUUUCGAGCUCCAGCGGAAGUGCCCCUACGACUACGACUCAGAGUACCAGGACAUGUUCAUGAGGAUCGCUGCGGCGCUUUACAAUGGGCACAUGACGGUCCAUGAAGCGCUCCUCUUCCAGGAGGAGGCAAAGCAAGGGAAGCACACGGCCAAGACGGGCUUGUUCAUCCGUGACUACCCGGGCAGGCUGAUCGUCCUGCCCGCCAUGUCCUCCACGUGCGCCGUGAUCUUCUUCGGAGGUACCGAGUAUGAGGCGGGAGUGGCCGCUAUCUGCGGUCUGGUGACUGGCCUCAUCGAGUACGCCCUGCAGAGGGUCGGGGGCGAGGCCACCAUGUUGAUCGACCUGGCGGUGGGUCUCAUCACCGGCGUCAUCGGAACCCUCUUCUACAAGUAUGACGGCCAGAAGUACUGCCUCGUCUCCAUCUUCAUGGGGACCUUGUACUGGUUCUUCUAUGGUACUGCCUUCGUGGUGGGGCUGGUGGAGAUCUUGGCCGGGGAGCUCGAGACGGGCGUGACCCGUUUCAUGGCCGUCAGCAUCAAGACCUUCGUCCUCUGCGUCAUGUGCUGCUUCGGGAUGCUCCUUGCUGUACCAGACCCUACCGAGGUCGCCGAGAUGUGGGGGGCGCAGGCUGCGAACUGCGGCACCCUUGACCUCGGCCUGUACUGGUGGCGCGUUCCCUUGUACUUGGCCUGCUCGCUGUCCGUCCUGGGCCAGUACCGCUUCCGCGUGGAGCAGAUGUGGCGUGGCCUGCUCGUCCAGCUCGCGGGCUACGAGGUUCAGUUUCAAGUGUCCAGGUCCAUGGUUACGUCCGGGGACGCCAAGAGUAACCUCGAUGUCAUGGCCUCCAACGUUUGUGGCGCUGCAGCCAGUGUCGUGACGGCGUGCUUCCUGUCGGCCAUGAUGGAUUUCAUCAACUCGAUCUACUACGCCCAGCUUCUUCAGCGUGGGGCACACCGAGACGAGACGGACUCCGUGCUGGACGACGUCUUGUAUGGCUGCAUCUCCGGGGUCGUCAAGUUCUUCAACUGCAUCGGGAUCGGCAGGGAGGCCGACAAGCACAUGGUCCAGCUCGAAAAGAAGCUUUACCAGCAGUCGAAGGAGCUCAAGGAUCCGGAUCAUGACCGCAAGGAGAUCAGGCUGGAGAGGCACGAGGAAGACCUGUUGCUGGACACGAUCGUGUAUGCCGAAUCCAUGAACAUUUGGGCGAUGCUCAUGCCAGCAGUUUACCAGCUGGUGCCUGGCUCGAUGAUCGCCCGCAUGUGGUUCAACACCAUCAUCCCCCCCAGUGGUCCAAACGCCACGGAUGACAACACCUUUGCUGGCCUCAUGGUCACCUCCAUCUCCCUGGCGCUGGGCCUGAUUGUCGGCGAGGCCAUUGUGGAGAUCGUCUCGGGCAUCCUCAGUCUCUGCAGGAAGAAGGAGGAACAGCAUACCAUGUUGCACGAAAACGAGGGCAAGGAGGAGGAGAAGCCAGAGUCCGAAGAGGUACCUCCCCUCGGCUUCGAGCUUGGCAUUGCGGACGCCAUCAGCGGCGAGAAGGACGAGAAGGACGAAGAAGUAUGGCCCCUGUAG